AUGAACAAGUUUAACAAAAGGCUUGGCGGGCUCAAGAGUCUUUUGCACUUGUUGAACAACAAGAAAUCUUCAUCAUCAUCACUUGCUCGCCUCUAUAGUAUUAGUUUUUCAAUAGUAAAAGGAUCUCCACUAUCCGUAUUCAAUCAGGAAACUGGCUCUUACCAGGAGACCCCAAUUUUCUCUGUACAAAGAAAUAAUACAGCAAAGCCUACCGAAGUGGCAACUAAACAAACAAUCAACUUGACAAAAUAUGGUUCACAUCAUGAACACAACAAAAUUAAAGGAAUUAAACCUAUUCCUAUACAAACAAGGAAGGAAAAUAUCGAGUCUUCGAAUGCUUUUAUUGCUUCUUCUGCAAGAAUUUUGCUCAACAAUAGAAAGUUCGAGGAUGUCAUCAAUUUAAUCAAAAGUUCUUGUCCUAAAGAUGAGAAUGGUGAUUUGGAUAUAAAAACAAUAGCUUCACAGGAAGCUGGUACCGAAGUAUUAUUAAAAUUACAUCAAGCGUAUGCAGCAAUGAAAAAUUUGGAAGAAAUGAAAAAAAUUAUACAACACAUAACAAAUCCUUUAAUGUACAACAAAUUUCAAGGUGAAAUUAUCAAACAUCAUGCUGCAACUGAUAAUCAUGUUGAGGCUUUAAAAUUAUUGGGGAAUAUGGCUUAUAUUCCUUAUUGGAAUUUGAUUUUCUUGGGCGUAACCAAAUUGGUAGUUUACCGAAUACCAGAGUCAACCCAUGAAAUUAUUACUUUUUUAAAUCAAUACAUCGAGAACCACAAACAUGAAAUCAAUAACACUAUUUCAGAGCCCAGUCAACAUUUAAAGGAUUUACCAGCAAAUUAUUCUAUCAAGGAUGUAAUUAUUAGGAUUAGAAAAUUCUUUGACGGUACAGGUUAUGAAUUGGAUAGAGUAAGAUUUGCGCUAAUGACAAUAGAGGCAUUGUCUUUAUUGGAGGAUUUUGGAACAAUGGAAAUUUUGUUUAAUAUAUUAAUUGAUAAGAAUGAAAAUAAUGCUGAUGUGUUAUCUAAACUUAAAGGAAUAAUGAUGCACAGCCUUAUUUCUCUGGGAAGAUAUGAGGAUGCUCUGUCUGUAUUUUUUGAUAUCAAAACUCCUCCAAAUAUUAGAACCUAUGAAAAGCUAAUGCACGUAUAUAUUGGCAUUGGCCAUUACGAUUUUGCAAUCUACUUGUGUGAAACAUAUGUAAAAAAUCCAACAACAGAAAUUUAUGUUUUAUUGAUCAAAGCUCAUAUUUUGAAAGGAAAUAUUGAAAAAGCAGAGUAUAUUUUAAGAGAUGUUAUUGAAAAUUCAAAACUUACUGAUGAUUCUCAGAUAGUAAUGAAAACUUUGCUCAUGAGUGCCUAUGCUGAGGCUGGUAUGAUUCAGCAAGUUCAAAAAUUAUUUGAUUCAAUUGAAAAACCGGAUGCAAGAUGUUAUAACGAGUUGAUGAAAGCUUAUUGUCAUAUUGGUGACACUAAGAGAGUUAAAGAGAUUUUCCAAUCAGUUCCAUCUAAAGAUGCUGUCAGUUUCUUGUAUUUAUUAGAUGGUUUAGCUAUUGAUGGAGAUUCAUCUACCGCUUUGAAAUUCUAUAAUUUAAUACCAAAUCCCAACCAUAUCCAUGCAGAUGCAGUGGUGAGAGCUUUACUGGCAGAUACAAAGAGUGGAUUAGAUGGAGCUCUAAAUUUCUUUAACAAACUAAGAAAUCCUUCAAUAUUGACUAGAAAGAGAAUAUUAGGAGCCAUUUCUAAAGCAGGUGAUUUGGAAAACGCUUUGAGUUUUUUCAAAACUAUACCAAAUCCUGAUACAGAAUGCUUUGGUCUAUUGUUGAGAACAUUUUUCUAUACCCAAGAGCGUUAUUUAAGCCGUGCUGAGGAAUUUUUCAGUAGAAUACCAAAUCCAGAUGCACAAUGUUAUGCCAGUAUGAUUAGUAUUUAUGGAAGAUCUGGAAGAUUAGAUUUGGCUGAAAAAAUGUUACAUCAAUAUCCAUCUCCUUCAACACUUAUUGCAUUCUUUUAUGCCUAUUUUUCAAAUAAUCCAAAAGAGUCUUUCUGGGAAAAGUAUGAAACACUUGAAAAACUUUAUCCACGUUGUUUUGAUAAGCCAGUUUAUUUAGCAUCUAUUAAGGAAGCUGUUAAAUAUAAGAAAAAAAAACAAAGUAUAGCUUUAUUCAGAAUUUAUUUACAAAAAGUUCAAAACAAACAAACUAGGGAUCUUUUAGGUUUGCUUUUGUUUAUUGCAAAAGAAAGUUCAUAUCGGGAAAAUGAGACUUUAACUAAAGAGAUUAUUGAUGCUGUUCCAAAUUGCAUUGCAACACCAAAUACUUUGGGACAAAUCAAGGAAAUUGCUUUUGAAAUUGAACAAUUAAUAUAA